AUGGAACUUCGAAACCGUGUUACUGGCGCUACAAAACAGAAUGCACGCGGCUUAGACGUAGCUCUUGGUCCGACCAUUUAUAGUGGUGAGCGUUACUCCAAGAUGAGUGAGCGUCUUAAACGUCAGCAUAAGAAACCGUCUGAUGUUGCUGAUGUUAAUACUCAACGAAUAAUGCGAUCUCAGAUUCUAAGCGGCGGCUAUCCACUGCGCUGUAAGUUUGUGGCAGAAGAAGCCGUUGACGGCGCUUGUAUCAGUUAG